CUUCAAACUGGUCUCAUCACUCGUUCUAUUGGCAGACAGUCAUGUCUAAAAGAAGGCGCAAUUAUCCAUUGAGCUCAGAUGACGAGGCUACACUCUCUUCCAGACAAAAGCAGAGAGUAUCUCGUCGUUUGAGAGAAAGGGAUAUGCUUACACCUCCAGAAACAGAUGCUUCGUCGACAAACCCGACAGCCGCUGACUUCGAAGAAGAUUACAAGAUAUCGGUAGAUUGGGGUACUACGUUCACUACCGUUGCUUAUGUCAAACGAGGAGUUGACAUAGAGACAUGCGGAAUAUCUACUUUACCAAGUCUCACCAGUUUUUCAAUGACAACAGAUCCAGCAAGACAAAUCCCGACAGAGAGCUACUACCCACCAACCAUACUGGAUAGUGAAUUACAGCCUGAGCAUGAGAGCCACGGCCCAAAUGAUCAAGAUACUGUCCCUUGCCCAGGUUAUCUUCAUGGAUGGGAGGUCCAGGAAACCUUGGGCACCGAAUACACCGAAGAAGAAGAAGAAAAUCACAACAUAUCGGACGGGCGUUUGUCGCGAAUGAAGCUUCUAUUGGACAAUACUGAGUUUACGAGGGAGAUACGCGAUACGUUGGAGACAAAAAUCGGCGGACUCAAGAAGCGUAACAUUGUCCGUUCAAGUUUUGAUGUCAUUACGCAUUACCUCACUGUGCUUUUAUGCCAACUAAAAGAGUUCCUGCAAACCCACGAAGGUUUCCACGAUAGGAGUACAGCUGAGCUUAUCAUAUCUGUACCAGUCUCGUGGACGCCUAAAGCCAACAACACCAUGUGCCAAUGCAUGAUAGAAGCCAUGCGGCGGUCCGGCGUAGGUCUGAAUGAGCACAAUUCUGUUCCCAAGCUAUUCAUGGUAAAUGAAUCAGAAGCUGCUGCUACAUAUGCACUGCAAAGGAGUAUCUAUACUUUAAGACGUUCCGAGGUCUUCGUCCUUGUCGAUGCCGGUGGUGGCACGGUGGAUGUUGGUUGUUACCGUGUUAGGGACACAGAACCACUGAGACUAGACAAAGAGAUCAAUCCGACUGAAGGCGCACUCUGUGGGUCUUCAAACGUCAAUCAACGCUUUUUGGCCAUGCUGUUGCAGGACCUUCGUGAAGCUGGUUACUUUGAAGACGAAUCCAAAGCCGAGCUCCUUCGCAAUAGAAUCGAUACAAUCACGAUGCCGCGAUUCGAGAGCUCAGUAAAGCGAAUGGCAGAAUUCAGCACAGAACGUUCAUAUGUCUGCUCCGUACCUGGACUUAAACCCAACGAAAAAUUUGCGCGUUUCAAAAGAGAAAACUACGUUUUGAGCCACAACGACAUGAAGAGACUCUUCGAGAGAUCCUUUAUCGAGAUUGAGCGGUUGAUACGCUCUCAAAUAGGGAAGUCUAUUGUCAAUAUCGACAAAGUUCUCAUUGUUGGAGGAUUUUCGGACUCUGUAGCCUUGCGCGGCUUCCUGGAAAGUCUGAAAGACAGGAUCAAUGAUGAGCGCAGUGGACAGGGUCUUUCGCUUAUUGAGUUUAUCCUUCCACAAUAUAACAAUCUCACACAUGGUUUUGAGUGUGCGACUGGUGUCGCAAAAGGUGCUUUACUCAGAGCAUUGGACAAGGAAAAUGGCCCGUCUCGCACAAUAGCAUGCAGUUUUGGCUUCUUGCGGCAUAUUCCGCACGAAUCUAAGCUAUACAGAUUGAAAGAUUUCCGAGAGCCAAUCAAGCAAGGGAUCAUGUCUCUACAUGACGGUGAAGAGUAUCUUGCAGAUACUAUUACUUGGGCAAUCAAAGUCGGAGAUGGACCAUUGGCCCCCAUACAUCGGAAGACUUAUAUUGGAGAAUACAUAUGGCGCAAUAAAACUGAAGACUGGACCAAGUUUGAAGCACUGUAUGCAUCGCAAGUGUGCAAUAAAGACCACUUCCAAGUCGACAGUCUCUACAACAGAGGCAAGGUUGAGAAAAUUGGCAGCAUUCGGCUCGAUCUGAACUGGCUGAAGCGCAAGCCUCAAAUUCGACCCAGACGAAUACAAAUAGGGAAUAGAACAGUAAAACGGAUCGUUUUGAACGUCUUGGUGGAAUUCGUUUUGAUUGAUCGGAAUCUAACAUUCAACGUUCGUUGGCUUCCUCAUAAUGGUGCCAAUGUCAUGGAGGCCUCUGAAACUACCACUGUCAGUGUCGUUGGGGCGUUUGAGCCAGGGACUAACUAG